GGUUAUGUUCAUAGUAAGUGAGGUUAAGUUAAGUUGUAUCAAAAUAAAUAGUUGUUUUAUUUAAAAAAAAAUAAUAAACUGGUAAUGUGUGGACUCGAAAGCUAUUUAAAGCUCCUUAUUUACAGAAAUGGGGCUGCAAGGACUUCUCGAGAAGUUUAAACAGCUUGAGCCCAUUCUAUUGGUGGUACCUCCACUGAAGUCUGAUGUCCAUCACUUAUAUAAGGAGAGCUUUUUAAUUACAAGAUUAGGUGGUUAAGCAAGAAAAGGACCACCCCUAAGAAAUCCCAUCUAGACCCCGGAAAGUAACGUAUUAGAGAAAAAAAAGAACAAAACGAGAGAGAAAGAGAGAGGAACGAAAAAUUAUUAUUAGUAUGAAGAAGUGGGUCUGCCGGUUGGGCGCCGGCGGCGCCCCAAAGUUCCGUACGUCGUCGUGGCGUCGAGGGACGGCGAGGGGCGUCGGGGGCGGGGGGUCGACUCUCAUUCAGCAGCGGCGCAAGGCGGCGGCCUCCUCCUCCUCCUCCUCCUCGUCAUCAUCGUCGUCGGGAAUCCGGUCAAUACUCCAGACGACCCGCGACUCGCACACAUCGAACGGGAUCGUCGUGCGUUCGGCGCGUUUUCUCUGCUGAAUUUUCGGGACUUUUUGGAACUUUCGAAAAAAAAAAUUUAAUUAAAAAUCAAUCAAGGGUGCAUCGUAGUGUUUUGUUUGUUGGAUUUUUGAUAUAAGAGACAAAUGCCGGGGAUGUGAUCAGUUUUUCUCCCUAUAUGGUGACAUUGUAACUACUUUAGCGACGUCAUUGCCAUGAUGAUGGCACCGAUUUGGAUUAUUUUCUCGUUUAUAUUGGGUUCGAGCGUGUCGGUGAACGUCCAUUUCGAAAACAAAGAUGGCGGCUUCUUCCUGAAACAGCAACCGCGACAACACUACACGGGCUCCUCCGGGAACGCCCUGGCCCUCCCCGACACCCUCGCCGCGGGGGUGGGCGGGGCCUCGGCGACUAACUCCGGAGCCCCCCUGUCCAUCGACAGGUUCACGGUGCUCCAGAGCAGUCAACCGAUUUCCGUGAGGGCCACUUACGGACCGUUUAGCACCAAGCAAACGGUACCCGCCCGAUACGUGGUACCCGAUCCGGUACCGAUCAACACCACCGGUCCGGUCAUAGACCUUCAGGAUCAAGCGACUCACCAUCUGGAUAUGUCGGCUCAUAUCGUUCGUAUGGAGAUUCCACGUGAUUCCCCGGUACUCCGGGUACUGUUCCAUACGGGAACGGAUCCGGGAAGUAGAAGGCAAAUCUUAUUAGCCAGACACCAGCAAAGGGUCUGUAUUGUUCUUCACGCUAGUUUGGAUCAACAUUCCCCCCUUCAUACCGCUUGUAGCCCCGAUGGAGAGGAUGGAGUCUGUCUCGCUCAGAUUACCAUUCCUUCGUCGUGGUGGCCUCCGAUGCCUGCGCCAGAAAAGGAUGGAAAACCUGUUAAGAGUCCUCCACGUCUAGUACAGGUGGCCUAUUCGGUGUUAGAACCGUGGCCAGAUGAGGGCGAAGGCUGCCACCCAAAGAUGCAGGUGCAACCCUCGGUGGUACUCGGUACCAUCCCCUUAACCCCCGCAAAAAGUGCUUAUAAGGAGCUAAAGCUCACUGAGGCGAUCACCAUGCUCGUGCCCCAUCCGCCCUUGUUUCCCAUGUCCAGGAUUCACACCACCGUAUUCAUCGAUAAGGUGAAGGCAAAGACUUUAACCGCCACUAGUAUCAGGGCAAGGGUGAAGAACGGGAUCAGGAUUCUGGACGUGACGCCCUCCGUGAGCAACAUGUGGAACAUCACCGUUGAUAUUAAUAAUCGACAUACUAGUGCAACGAUUACCUUAAUCAGGAAAGAACCUUUUGAGGCAGAGAUCAGUGGUACCAGUGGGGGGGUCAGUGAGCUGUUCACGUGUCUCCUGGAAGUAGCCGAGGAGGAAAUCAUUGAUGCAGCCCGGAUCGUCUGGAACGCGCGAUUUGAGCCGCAUCCAGACGAUUCCGACCAGGACACUCAUCGGGAGGAGGGUCGAAAGUCCAUUACGAAGUUCGAUAUACAAAAGGACGACAUUCAAGCGGUGGUACCCAUAAGUAAGAAUUGGGAAAUCUUGAAUACGGCCGUCCUUACUGGUCAGCAAGUGUCGCAGGCGAUGAAGGUUUUCGUCGUUUCCCAAGCGGGGAAAGCGGCCGACGUCACUUUCCAGGCGUCCUGUCAUUCCGAGGACGAUAGUGUUAUUAAGGUCUCCUCGUCAUGCGGAUCAGUUUACGUAGACGGUAGUGAGCAACGAGGUUCGAUAAACGGUUCCGUAUUAGUGAAAUACGGAACCUACACCGGCCUGGCGAAAUUCGUCGUCUGGAUGCCCGAAUUCCCUCUGGAAUUGGUCGUCGCGGACACCAAAUUGUCCCAAAUUAAAUCCUGGAGAAUACCCGAUUACCAUCCCGCAGGAAAAAACAAACGUAGACGUAGACGCUCCUUCAGUCCAUGGAACUCCAACGUGGACGAUCUCGGGGUACUCGUGGAGAAACCCACUUGUCGUCUACGUUAUCAGCAAACCUCCGUGGACGUUUACGCCCGUUUUAUGGCCACCGAUCACGAAUCGGGGCGAGUGAAUUACUUGAUCAACCGCAGAACCUGGUUGAGGGUCACCGAUUUGGUGUUACCGUGGUUGAGGGUGAGCGAUCCCCGAAUCGCCAGUUUACACGGGAAAAUCCUGCAGGGCAGGAACGUGGGCAGAGCAGAGGUUCAAGUUUUGUCGCCCAUAACCAGCCGAGUGUAUGGGUCCAAGGAGAUCCGAGUGGUCAACGAUAAGGUGGGAUUGAAGAAUAUGCAGGUGCAAGUGGUUUCAGGGUUGCAAUUGAACAUUUCGCCGGAUAGUACGAUCGAGAAUGGUUAUGUGGCCGAGACCACUGUGUCCAGGAAGCUUACGGCCCAAUAUCAGGAAGGUCUUCUAGACAUAGAAUUAGAAUUCACCGACAACACCCGUACCGCCCUACGCGACAUCUCCGACACCGACUACCACCUGGUGGUGGAGAGCAUGAAUCCCGCCGUGGUAGCUUUCGCCCCGAUGGUGGCCUCCCACCACCCCCGCGUCAUUGCUGUUGGCGAGGGUAGCGGCGAUCUCCUUCAGAUCACCCUGUUGUUAUCCGAAGAGUGCCGCUUCUCGGGGCGACCUAAACUAAAAUCGGGCGGCCCGUUGGCCACGGCGGCCGCCCAAAUCAACGUCGACUUCGGCUUGGCCGACUUGGCCUCGCGGCCCGACAUUUUACAAAACGACGGCGGCAGUUUCAGUAGCUUGAAGGGCGGCCGCGACAUUAACGGUUUAGAGGAUAUUUUACUAAAAGGGGCGGCUAGUAAGGAGGGCGGGGGCGAUUCGCAGGAGCCCAACGUGUCCGCCCGACAGUUCCAAGGGGCCAAGGGGGUCCUACGUACCAGUUUUAGGCAGCAACGUUUAACCACUUUGGAGAUCAGCAUGUACGUGUUGUUGGCCGCCUUUUGUUGUGCUAUAGUGGUUUUUGUGGUUUCUUGUGUGGUUUACGCGUCAAAGUUCCGUCCACUGGAAAAUGGAUUGACUACGAGGUUGUACGCUUCCCCGGUGAACCCCACGGACCUGGUGGUGCACCGGGAACCGAAGGUUUAUAGGGAAUCCACUCAGAACGCUCACGAUUGGGUGUGGCUCGGCAGGGCCACCAUGGAUUUUUCUAAUAAGACCACUGUUACCAAUAACAACGGGCAAGACGUGCAUAUUAUAACCAAUCCCCUGAACGUGAAGUACAUCCAACCGGAGGACCUGGUGGCUAAUAACGAGCAAACAUCCGAGAUGCCGGAACGUCCUCUGGUGCCCGGCAGCGACACUAAUGACCGCUCGAUCGACAGCGCCACCUAUAUCAGACCGAAACCGCUACAGAACUCGCCACACAGAAUUGGCUGGAAGGACUUGGAUAACUCGGACGUGCCGCCGACACCGCCCCCGCACGCCACCCCAAUUGCUUGCAAGAAGAUUUCGUCCAACGUCGGUGUAGGGCAGGAGGAGGACGUGAAACCGCCCGUGCCCCCGCACCGUAAUUUGCUUGCGGGGGCCGCCGGGGCGUCUCCCCUCAGAGCCCCGGUGUCCCCGCCUAGGAAGUAUCUCGCUGAUCAAAGAAACGGCAAUCGGUCUCCCAAUUCGCUGGAUUCGUCGUCGGUGGUGGAAAACCGACGGGAGCACGACCUGAAGGACCUGAUCGACCAAAUGGAGAACACGCCCCAACGCGAUUUCAUGUUCGACGACGAGUCCGCUGAGGGAUUAAAAAAAGAGCCGAGAACCAAGUUGGAGUUCGUCCAAUAUCCCCGAUCACCAAACUCCAAAUAUUCCCAAAAGAACGUGGAGGUACGUCAGGCGACGAUCGUGGGCAACCCGAUGUACAGCGCCCUGGACGACCCGAACUCCAACAAUCGAACGGACCGGGGGGCGGAGCCCCAACCGGAACUACCCGCCCUGGACGACCUCCACCUCGGAGUCGAAUGCCUGAGUGGAAGAGAUAAUCGGGAUGAUCGAGUCAAUUCUACUGUCGUUUAACGAGCAGUACCGAGCGAGCGCCAUCUAUCCGAUUCCCGAUAAUAUACUAUUUGCGAACCCGCGGGGUCUCCAAUAGGCUUAUCAGUACCAUUUCGACUCUAUCAGUGAAUCUUAUUAUUAGGAUGUACAUUUUCCACGCGGUUAAACUAUGAAUUCCUUAUUAUAUAGUAGUGCUUAUAGGGGACUUCCUCGUAAAUAUUUAUAUAUAUAUAUAUGAUACUUUCGGAUAUUUAAGGCUGUGAUUUGCAAACUAUUAUUAUUUUGCUUAUUUUUUUUUACUUAUAUAUGUUUCUCUCUUUCUCCCGUAAAACGCUCCUGUUCAUAUUUUUUACUCUGAGCGGGUAAAAUGUACAUCUUUGAACGUGUAUACUCAAUUUUUUUCAUGCAAAAGGUACAGGUAGGGCAGUAAGUUCUGUCAACAGAGUCUGUAUGGAAAAUCUGAUUGCACCAUUGGAUUUUUGAGGAAUGUCGAUCAGUUAGUUUAUUUUCGUUCUUAAAAAAAUGUUUCUAGUUCUAUUGAGUUCUAAAAUAACCACUUACUCUCACCUUCCAAGAAUUCAUGGAGGUUUCAGCAUAAUUAAACAACUUCCUCAGGAAUCCAAUUUUGAAGAGCUUCAAUUGUCAAAAAUAUUGUGUCAACUGAACGUCCCAAAAAAAAUAACAAAGUUACUGCAUACUUUUGCCGUACCUGUAUAAGACAGCAAUACGCGAGACUGAAUAUAUGAAAUAUAUGUAGUUGUCCUUAGAGUAGAAUUCGACUUAAGCGUACAUUGUGAAUUCAAUUAAACCUAUUAUAACAUUAAUAUGAUCGAAGAUCAAUUUACUAUGUAUAAACCAUAAUAUUAAUUAUUAAGAAUGAUGGCGCGUAUAUUCGAAAAAUUGUUGUUUGCUUCAUCGUUGUAUAGAGCGCUACUUUAUAGGUUAGAGAUCGCACACGACACACUCACACAGUAUUUCUUAAUUUAUUGAAUGAAUUUUAUGCAACCACCGUUAAUCUUAAUGUAACGUUAGUCAGUAGGUAAAUGUCCAUUUAUGUGUAUUAAUGCUGCGGGGCUCAAUGGAUCGCCGGACGAGUCUAUUCAGGGUAUUUUUACGUUCGAUAUUAUCGUGUCCGCUUUAAUGUACAGCUCCAGGAAGCUUAUAAGGUGUAACAUUGUAAAUUAUUGUAGAAUAUAUAUAUGACGUUUAAAGAGUAAACAUUUAUUUAAACCUCAAA